AGUCGGCUCGGGACAGCGGGCACCAGCUGACAGCCACGGCAGACGAAGAGCCUUCGGUUGCCUGCUGCAAAAUUGCCCUUCACACUGGCUGACUGACGAAGCAGAGCUGUGGAGAAAGUCAAAAGUUGCUGCACCAGAAUACAACCAAGAUGGCAGAAGAGUCUUUGGUGGCAGAGGCAGAGUGUCGAGUGAGUUCUGUGCUGGGGAGGAACACUCGGGAACUAGGAAAACAACAUCUAUUUGAUGGUUCUCCAGAGACAUGUUGGAAUAGUGAUCAAGGCAGUCCACAAUGGGUAGCCUUAAAAUGGGAUAAUCCAGUUGAGGUCACAUCCAUCACUGCACAGUUCCAGGGAGGUUUCUGUGGCUCUCCUGAUACAUAUGUGGAAAUCUGUCAGGAAGGCAGUUCAAAGUGGGAGGAACUCGAGCCUUGGCACUUGGAAGAUGUAGGAACUGUCCAGUCAUUGUGUCUCCAGCAGCCAACAGUCCUUAGCAAGCUCAGAAUCAACUUUAAGAAUUCAACAGAUUUUUAUGGAAGAAUAAUUAUGUACAAGUUGGAUGUUUUUGGCCAUAAAGUGUGAUAUUUUUC